AUUUGAAUCGAAGAAUAAUAAUUUAUAAAUAAUAAUGAUAACACUUUUUUUUACCAAAUUUAGUUUAUUGAAUCGAAUGCACAACAUUGAACACGUUUAAAUGUCAGCAUAUGAAAUGAAUAACCUGUUACUUAUGUCACAAAUCAACUUGGAAAUGUAGUGUGCUUUUAAUAUAAUCAAUUAAAGAUGUCUUAUACAAUUCCUCUUUUAAAAUUUGUGGCUUUUUUGGACUUGCUAGCAGUAGGUCUGAUAGUGCCAUUAAUUCCUAACCAUGUACGUCAAAUGGGUGGUAAUCACAUUUACAUUGGUCUUCUUGGUUCAAUUUAUGCAGGUUUUCAGCUAGGGUCAGGUCCCUUAAUUGGCAGCCUAAGUGAUAUAAGAGGCCGCAAAGAAAUACUUAUCUUAACAUUAUUGGUAUGUAGUAUAGCUUAUUUGAUACUAGGACUUACAAAUUCAAUUGCAGUUAUCUUGAUAGUAAGAGCAGUUCUGGGUUUAUUUAAACAAACACAGCUAUUGACAAAAGCUCUAGUACCAGAUUUUGAGAAAAAUGAAAGAAAGCAGUCUAAUAUUUAUGGAAAAAUGGCUGCUAUAUCAGGAAUGGGAAUAACACUAGGGCCCGUUAUUGGUGGACACAUUGUUGAAGAUUACCCUAUACAUGGAUUCAGUUUUAUUGGUGGAGUUGUGAGCAUUUGUUUUUUAAUUAAUGCAGGUCUUGCAAUGCUACUACCAAAUGUUAAUACACCUGCCAAAAGGAAGCCUGACAAAAGCUCAUCACAAAAUGUUUUUUCCACUUUGUUAUCUUGUACAAAACAAUCUUUUGUAGAAUUGUCAAAAGUGAAAUGGUCAAAGUAUUGGACAAUAUUUAUGUUUCAAGCUUCUAAUAGUUUUGCUAUGGGAGUCUACUAUUCUAGUUAUGCACUUUACUUAAAAACUCAAUUUGGCCUCACUCCUAAACAUAUUGGCUAUGUAGUUUCGGUACAAGGAGUCAUAGGUGCAUUAUCUAGUUUUCUUAUUGGCUACAUAAACAGUUUUUAUGGUCAUGAUGAGGGCUAUACCUUAAGAAAUUACCAUGUAUUUCUCCUUACUACUUUAUCAUUGCUAGGAAUAUGUUUAUCCUUCAAUGUUAUUAUGUAUUCUAUUUUAUUAAUUCCAUUAGCUAUAGGUAAUGCAGUAGGCAGAUUGGUAACACUAGAAAUGGUAUUGAAGAGAAGUCAUGGGGAUCAUAGAGGAACUUUGAUAGGUGCCUCAAACAGUGUUAGGUCUCUGUCCGGGGUAGUUGCACCAAUAAUUGCAGGGAUGGUCGGGGAAUUUCUUGGUGUAGAAUAUGUUUUAUAUCCUUCAUUCUUAUCUUUAUUAGUGGGACUAAUAAUAAGUUAUCAGUACAAAAAUAGACAUAUGAAAUUCGAUUAAUGGUUUUUGUAUCAUAUAUUUUGUGAUGGUCAUUUAAUUAU